AUGGGUGGAAAGGCAACCUACCGAUCUGGAUGUUUGCUACCAUCAAACAUAGGAAAUUCGUUUCCUAAUGUUUCAGAAGAAACUGCAGCAGUUGGUGAAGUAAUUCCUUUCAUGUGUAAUACAGGGUAUGAACCUGAAUCAGAAGUCACCAUCCUUCAAUGUCGUGCCGGAGCUUUCAAUUCUGCUAGUGGAAAAUGGUCACCUGCCGAUCAUUUUCCAGAAUGCACAGCUGUAAAGUGCGGUUAUCCCCGUGACCCCCAAAACGGCCGAGUAUUGCAUAGAGACGGUAAUUGGGAAUAUGGAAAUCGAAUUACGUACAAUUGCAAUACUGGUUAUAAAUUAAUUGGGAGUGAUACAGCAAGCUGUGGAGCUGAUGCAACAUGGGGUGAUUUGCCGUUUUGCGAGAUCAAUCCUAACUGUGAUUUUGAAGAAUUUUCUGAGCCCACAUGUGGAUAUUCAAAUCCAUAUCCACGAUGGGAAAGAAGGUAUACCUCAUCACAAUAUGAUGGAAUCCCGGGUUACAUUAUUCGUGCUACUACAAGUGGAACAGGACUGAUAUCAGCUGAAAUACCUGAUGACUGGAGUUCUGGGAAGAUGUGCUUACAGUUUCAUUACAAGUUGUUAGGCAAAUCAAGCCUACUGACUAUAUCAUCAACAUCAACCCCGUUCACUGCAUUUUGGAGAAAUCACAUCAAUGAAGCGAGAAACACUUGGUUGGAUUCUCUGGUGAACAUUGAUUUAUCAACAUCUAUCCAAUACAAAUUUGAAGCGAAUCAACCAACAGUUGAAUUGGAUGAUGUUCAAUUGAACAUUGUAAGAGUUACACUUGUAAACAUGGCGGAUCCUGCGUGA